UUCGCCCUUCCCACACAUUGACUUCACCAUGCAUUGCCUGCAUACCCUUUAAUUUCUUUCUGUUUGCGGGUUUUCUUCUUUGUCCCUCUUGCCCUUCUUUCUUUUCCCUUCCAUUUUUUCUCUCAUCAGUAGUUUGAAUUGGCAUUUGGCCCUUCUUCCCCUCCCCACUCGCCUCGUCUCUCUCCGUUCUCUGUGCUUUUGGUAACAGCAACCGGAAACGUAACCCGCGUAUGGAUACCAUCACCCCCCGGAUUAAUAUGUAUACUCAGAAAACCGAUCGAUAGAUGGUAAUUGCCGGGCAACACACAGAAGAGAGAGGAGCCUGCUGCAGGUUUCCAAGAUUGACGUCUUUGUUGGCCCGAUCUGAUCCAUUCAGUUUAAUUUUUUUCAGGGCUUGCAAAAUAAUAAUAAUAAGUACCAACUACCUAUUACAAGCUAUAGCUUUCAAGAAAUCUGAGGCUCCUCGAAUGCGAGAAGAUCUCUUUCCAGCUUGUAAACGAAUAAUGAACCACCGCCAUCAUCACUCAUUUGUGGGUUUCUUCCUGCCAGUAGUAACAAUAUGUGUUGGCAUUCUGAGCACCAUUGUUCACUCCAAGACAAAUUCUCUUGAUGUCUCUGUCCUCAACGUGAUGUAUACCAACCUAAAUUCACCUUCAGAACUGAGCGGUUGGAAAUCAAGUGGCGGCGACCCCUGUGGAGAUUCUUGGAAAGGAAUCGAGUGCUCAGGUUCAUCUAUAACAGAAAUCAAGCUCUCUGAUCUUGGACUCAGUGGAUCAAUGGGCUACCAGCUAUCAAAUUUAAAGUCCGUCACCCAUUUUAUAGUGAUUUAAGCAAGAACAACCUCAAUGGCAAUAUACCAUACCAACUUCCACCAAAUGCAGCUCACAUUGAUCUUUCCCAUAAUAGCUUCAGCGGUAACGUCCCUUAUUCGAUAUCUCAGAUGACUGACCUCAAGGACCUGUAUCUCGGUCAUAAUCAGCUCAAUGGACAGCUGAGUGAUAUGUUCGGGAAACUAUCAAAAUUCGCAACUUUGGAUCUGUCUUACAACAAGCUGUCAGGGAAUCUGCCUCAGAGUUUCGCUAAUCUGUCAAGCCUCAACAAGAUGUACUUGCAGAAUAAUCAGUUCUCUGGUUCAAUAGAUGUCCUGGCAGGCCUUCCCCUCAGUGAUCUGAAUGUUGAGAACAAUCGAUUUACUGGCUGGAUACCAGAGGAUCUGAAGAAUAUAGAAAACAUUGAGACUGGAGGGAAUUCUUGGUCAUCUGGUCCAGCUCCACCACCACCCCCUGGUGCUGCUCGCAUUAACCAUCGGUCUAAAGAAGGGCAAGAUGGGGGUGGGAAGUCGAGUGUGAAUGGAUUGGCCAUUGCAGGGAUAAUCAUGGGAGUGUUAGUGGUGCUGGCGCUUCUGAUGGCUGUAUUCUCAAGGCGCUCUUCUGCUUCUUCUGUUCCCUCUCAUUUUCUGGAUGAAGAGAGAGCCAGCCAACGCAGAGCCUUUACCCCACUUACCUCCCAGGAAUUGUCUGAUGACUUGCGAGCUGACAUCUGUAAAAACUUUAAAGAUCAUAAAUCACGGGAUUCAUCGGCUUCCUUGGAUGCCAAGGCUCUGCAAAAAUCCCCAUCUAUUGGAUUCAGGGCUCCACUCUAUGAUGGCAUGAGUUCCUUGAAGGAUGAUGAGUUUGCUAAUCAGUUGAAUGCCAGAAGAAGCACCUCUUUCCUAGCUGUAUCCUAUAGCUUGGCAGACCUACAGACCUGUACCUGUAACUUUGCAACUGGCCGACUGAUUGGUAAGGGAUCCAUCGGGCGCGUUUAUCGGGCUAAAUAUGCAGAUGGGAAGGUUAUCGCUGUCAAAAAGAUCGAUUCCUCACUUUUCCAAGGGCGGAAACCGGAAGAAUUUUCAGAAAUCAUCCAGAAGAUCUCCAGCCUUCACCAUCCAAACAUUGUAGAACUUCUUGGUUAUUGCUCCGAACAGGGGCACAACAUGUUAAUCUAUGACUAUUUCAGGAAUGGUUCACUUCACGAAUUCCUACACAUGUCAGAUGACUACAGCAAACCUUUAACCUGGAACACUAGAGUCAGAAUUGCUCUAGGAACGGCUCGGGCAGUUGAGUACCUCCACGAAGUUUUUUCUCCAUCAAUAGUCCACAAGAGCAUCAAAUCAUCCAAUAUCUUGCUUGACAUGGAACUCAAUCCUCGUCUGUCUGACUGUGGUUUGGCGACUUUCCAUCAGCUCACAAGUCAAAAUUUGGGAGCAGGAUAUAAUGCACCAGAGUGCUCGAGUCCAUCAGCUUAUACAUUGAAGAGUGACGUUUAUAGUUUUGGGGUUGUCAUGCUGGAGUUGUUGACAGGUCGAAUGCCUCUUGACAGUUUUUCAAAACCAAGGUCAGAGCAAUGCCUGGUCCGCUGGGCUAUGCCACAGCUUAUUGACAUUGAUGCUUUGGAGAAAAUGGUGGACCCAGCACUCCGUGGUCUCUACCCUCCCACGUCUGUGUCCAGAUUUGCUGAUAUCAUAGCACUGUGUCUACAGGCGGAGCCAGAGUUCCGGCCACCAAUGUCAGAAGUGGUGCAAGCAUUGGUGCGGUUAGUUCAACGGUCAAGCAUCAACAAGAGAGGAGAGAGUCCUGGGGCUUCUAGUCGUUUGGAUGACUAUGACUAUUGAGUGAUUUGUUCUUCUCAAUACCCAAGGAGAAGGAUUAUUUCCAUGUGCAAUUCCUCUUGUACCAAUAGCUAGCAUAGCAUGCGCCAAUGCACAAAAUUAUAGGAUACCUGAUCUUUGCUUCCGUACUGCAACUGCUUCCUGAUUGUUCCAACUGAGGAAACUUUGAAGUUCAAGAAUUGCUGCAGCACGAGGUCCGAUGAAGAUCAAUCCUACUGUUUCUAAAGGUGCCCCUUCAAGGAUGAAGCCCGGUAUACCACAAUCGGGAAAGUUGUCCAUGAUUAAUUGUCCAUGACCAUAUGUAUUAAGGAGCUAAUUUGAUGGUAAUAUAUCUAGCCGUGCACGGUCCUCUCCAA